AUAUAACAGUGCAUGAAGCCAGGCAGCUGAGUGGAAUAAACAUCGAUCCUGUUGUAUACAUUGACAUUGAUGGGAAGAAAAGGCACACAAGCACUCAAAAGUCCACCAAUUGCCCAGAAUACAAUGCGGACUUUUAUUUCGAGUUUUUUGAACCUCCAGAUCUACUUAUGGAUAAGAUCAUUCUGAUAUCGGUUUUUAGCGCUGACAAAAUACCUUUCAAGAAAACUCUGAUAGGGAUGUUCAAAAUUGAUGUGUCAUCAGUUUACGAGCAGCAAGAUCACAUGUUCCGGAACAAGUGGGCCAUCCUGACAAAUCCAGAAGACAUCACAGCCGCCAUAAAGGGCUAUGUCAGAUGUGACAUCAUCAUUACACAGAAAGGGGAUUUGGUGCACACGGGCAGUACAACAGCUUACUCCAGUUACAUUGAAAGAAAUCUGAUGCUUCCAAAAGGAAUCCCAGCAGAGAGGCCAUGGUCUUACUUAUGUGUGAAGAUCUACAAGGCUGAGGGCCUGCCUAGAAUGAGUUCACGCUUAGUUUCCAAGAUCAUGGGUGACAACAAGGUCUUUAUUGACCCCAAAAUACUUGUCUCAUUUGUGGAUCAACAGGGUGAAACAUCUGUUGUUCCAAGAUCCUCAAACCCAGUGUGGAAUAAACAAGUGACUUUCAUGCAGCUAUUUCCAGUGCUGUGUAGAAGAAUUAAAAUUCAAGUUCAGGACAAUUCAAACAUCAGUGACACGAUUUUAGCUUCACAUUUCAUUAACCUGAAGCAGAUUUCCGAUGAUGGGCCUGAAGGUGAAACACUUACUGUUCCUGUUCUUUUAUUUAAAGAUCUUCUGAUAACAUCUGUUCAAUGAAAGGAAUGAGUACUCUAAAUGUCUGUACUUUUAUGUUUCCUACAGCUUCUAGGUCCUGUUGUAGAGUAAAUUCCACUUGGGUUGUUUAAUUCCCUGUUCAGCUAAAGU